AUGCCAACUGCUAAUGCCUCUGACAAUAUAUGUAACAAUGAAGAACAAGUCACUGAGUUUUUCUCAUCUGAUGAUGAUAAAUGUGGUUUUACACCACUUCACAAAGCCUGUAUGGAUAAUAAAUGUGAUGAUGUUGCUGAAUUGUUAAAGAAUGAAGCAGUGGAUAUCAAUGCUACUGAUAAGAAUGGAUGGACACCACUUCAUUAUGCUUGUCAGUUCCGUAAUGAAAGAAUUGUUAGGCUUCUUAUUGAUAAAGGAGCUGAUUGUUGUAAAAUUGAUAACGUUAAGCGUACACCACUUUAUAUUGCUUGCUUGCGUGGUCAUCAUCAAAUUGUCAACAUGAUCUUAUCAUCAUGUUCCGAAGAAGACAAGAAGCAGAAAAUGCUAGAUGCUAUAGACUCUAUUGGCUAUACACCACUUCAUGUUGCUUGUGAGGAAGAGCAUACAGAAAUCAUUAAAGUCCUACUUCAGAAUGGAGCUAAUCCAUGCAUCUCUAGUCAAGAGGAUCCUCUUUAUAGCCGCCUGAUGAAUGCAAGCAAAGAUGACGAUAUUGGUAUUUCAGUUUGUGAUGGUCCUGAUGGAGCAAAUAUCAAUAAUAAGUCAAAAGAAAUGAUUGAGUCCUUAAGGCAGAAUGAGCCCGAUAAUCAUUAUUCAUUAUCAUGCCGUAUUAAUGGCAAAAGCACUUCCCAAAGAAUUAGUUCGAGAUUUUUUGUUGGUUUUACUCCGCUACAUGUUGCUGCAAAGAAAGGUUUAGAAGUUUUACUUGAAAGAUCUAAUCAUCAUAUUGAUCAGACUGAUACAUAUAAGCGUACAGCACUUCAUCUAGCCUGUCAAGUUGAUAAUAAAGAAAUUAUUGAGCUUCUUAUUAAAAAAGGAGCUGAUUGCUGUAAAAUUAGCAAUAAGGGUACGCCACUUUAUAUUGCUUGCUUGCAUGGUCAUCAUGAAGCUGUCAACACAAUCUUAUCAUUAUGUUUUGAAGAAGACAAGAAGCAGAAAAUGCUAAAUGCUAUAGAUUGUAAAGGCUACACACCACUACAUAUCGCUUGUGAGCAAGGGCAUACAGAAAUUGUUAGAGUAAUACUGAAGCAUGGAAUUAAACAUCAUGAUUCUCACUCUCAAAUUGAAUCAGAUCUCAACCCCAUUGGUUAUAUACCACUUCAUGUCAUCUGCAGCAAAGGAUAUACCGAAAUAGUUAAAUUACUUCUGGAGCACGGUGUUGCAAGUGAUGUCAAUUCCAUGGAUAUUGAUUUUCAAAUUACACCACUUGGUAUUGCUUGUAUGAAUGGACAUAAAGAUUUAGUUGAUUUACUACUGAAGCAAAAUGGAGUCGAUGUCAAUAAGAGGAAUAAAGCGGAUCAAACAGCACUUCAUUUAGCCUGUGAAAAAGGAUGUGAACAAGUAGUUGAAUUACUACUGAAGCAUGUUAAAGUUAAUAUCAAUGUCACUGAUAAAGAUCAACAUACAGCACUUCAUUUAGCCUGUGAAAAAGGACAUGACAAAGUAGUUGAAUUACUACUGGAGCAUAAAGCUAAUAUCAAUUGCAUUGAUCAAAAUGAAUAUACAGCACUUCAUAUUGCCUGUGUCAAAGGACAUACAAAAAUAAUCAAACUACUUCUGGAUCAUGAAGCUGAUGUUAAGAAAUGUGAUAAAGAAGGUCUUAAUCCUCUUGAGGUUGCUGUAAAGAAGGGUCAAAAAAAUGCUGCAAUGGCUAUAGUAAAUAGUGCUAAGUGGCAGAAUGCAUUACGUAAAUACACUGGAGGUGAUAACAGGGACAAAAGCACUGGGAUAUCAUGCUGUUGCAAUUAUAGAAAGACUGAUCAAUUCACUACACCAAUGAGAAGGAUAAUUAAGAAGAUGCCAGAUGUAGCUAAGGUUGUUUUUGAUCUCUGCUGUAAGAGUGAAGCACCACAAUAUCAUCCUGAUCAUGAGAUUACUUUUAAUUAUGAGUUUCUUGAUGAUUUUGAUAAGCUUGGAUCAAGAUUUUCAAAUUGGCCUCCACCAGCAAAAUUUUACUCUAUUGAAAAUCAUUGUCUUACUAUUCUUGCUAAGUCACCAAGAAAAGAUUUAUUAAAGCAUCGACUUGCUGCUACUCUUCUUGAUCAAAAAUGGAAUAGAUAUGGAUGGAUAGUUUAUUACGUUAAUUUCAUAUUUUAUUUUUUGUUUGUCCUUUUACUGACAUUUUACGCUCUCACUGUCCAUCGACCCAAUUCAAAAAUAUGUAUAGAGGUAUCUGAAAAUGAAAAUGAAAUAUUUACUGAGGAAUCUGGAAAUGAAACUGGCUUAUUUAUUGAUUGCUUUUCAGGCACCAAGUUAUCUCCAAGAUAUUAUCCUAUUGUUGGUCUAUGCCUGCUAGUUUAUUCUGGAUUCAUGAUAAUACGAGAAGUAUUUCAGCUUUUUUGGUUCAGAAAACAGUAUCUACUCAGUUUUGUCAACUACUUUGAAGUCCCACUGUUUAUUUUUACAAUAAUAUUUGCAUCAGUGCGUAGCGACCAGUGCUAUUGUACUCGUCCAUGGCAGUGGCAGUUUGGAGUGAUUGCUGUAUUCCUCAGUUGGAUGGGACUUGUAUUCUCAAUAAGGAAGAUACCAGUAGUUGGAAUAUAUGUAGUAAUGUUUAUUACAAUUUGUGAAAACUUUAUCAAAGUUCUCAUCCUUGCCUUACUAUUAAUCUUGGCCUUUGCAGUUCCUUUUUAUAUGAUGUUUUAUGAUCCCCAAAAAGAAAAGCGUACUCCAUUUAUCACUCCAUGGAGGACAACCCUUAAAACAAUAAUAAUGACAGUAGGGGAAUAUGAGGUGGAUUCAUUAUUGCUACAGAAUAGUGAAAUGCACUUGUCUGAUGAUGAUGUACAGUAUCCAGUGGUUACAUUUUCAUUAUUAAUUGUGUUUGUGGUUUUAAUGCCAAUCCUAUUUCUUAACCUAUUGAUCAGUUUGGCUGUUGAUGACACCCAAGAAAUUAAAAAAUCAGCUGAUACUCACAGACUAACUCUGAGAGUUGAAUUUACACUACCUAUUGAAGACUUUCUAAGAUGGUUAAUAAAUUUUUUUGCUAAAGAAAGAUCCUGGCUGCCAACGAAAGCAAAAAAAUUGCAGAAAUUUUGACAGAGAAGUCAAAGAAGGCCAUUGAUGUUAAAAAUAAGCAAAAACCAAAUCAGCACAAUUUCUUGAAAGAAAAAAUUGACAAAAUUGAAAAGUCUAUUGCUACUGAACCUUCGGCAACUGUAACUGAUGUUGAGAAUCAGAUAAAACCAUUAUCCGAGGAAGUGAAGGACUUACGCAGUACGGUUGCCUCAGUAUCUCGAGAAGUAAAGGACCUUCACAGUUCAGUAUCCCAGGACCAACGUAGUUCAGUAUCCGAGGAGGUGAAGGAUCUACGUAGUUCAGUGGAUCAGUUGUUAACUAUUGUUAACAGUUUGAGGAAU